CAGGGAUAUGUUGAACGCUGCCGCCAAAGCUUUGAUCAGUUUCGAGCUCGAAGUUAAUUCCAUGUUCAAUAGGAAUCCUUGGCCUACCAAAAAGCUCUUCCCUCUCUCGCCUCCAAUGACGUUCCCGAAUCUUCGUUCCUUGAAUCUCACAUUCGUUGAAUUCGGGGACGAUGGAAAAGAUCUGGCGCAAGCUAUUGACUUUACCGCUCUGACCUCACUUACUCUUCGUAAGUGUCGAGGUUGGUCCCGGGUUCUCGUGGAAGCAUUCACAUCAAGAAAUAAAGCGAUGGAGUUGAAAUGGCUUGAGAUCCAGCAUGAUCAGCCCAGCGAGAUUGAUAUCCAUCGACUAUCUCACCUGCUUACCAACUGUCCAUAUCUUGUGAACGUCUCCAUCUGCCAUGGCCAGGAUAGCACGAAUGUGUCUCAUACUCUUUUGGCUCAGCUUUGGGUAGCACUUUGUACCCAAAAGCGAUUUCUGAAAGCAAUGGUGGUCCACCUGUUCGACUUCUUUUCCGAGACUGACAUUCCUUCACCUUCGGGUGAUCCCAGGUCUCCGAUUCCUAAUGAUGGACUUGCGGCGCUGAUGACUACCUCGAUGUGGAUUUCAGUAACCAACACUAGCCCAUUAGCAUAUGUUAAUGUCGAGUUUUUGGGCCUGUGCAGCUUUCCGGACGAAACCUUGGUAUGAAUUGUCUUUUCAUUCUUACUCCAGGACUCAUUGCCAUAAACUAACCGCCAUCUAGGAAGCUCUCCUCCUACCAUUUCAGAAGAAGAAAUGUCUUCGCACUCUACACAUUCGCAAAUCUUCCACCGACUGGAGACAGUUUGAAGAUUAUUACUUCAAAUUCAGAAUUUUC